AUGGCAACCGCAAGAGAUAUCCGUCCUCGUCAGGACGAAGCCUCCAUCCUCGCUACCUCCCCCAAUGCCUCUUUCAAUUCCCUCUCCAGCCACACCUCCGCGGCGGCUCGUACAGUUCCAGUGCUCAAUGCUAAGCACCUGAAGCCAUUCGCCACUGAGGACAUCAAGGUCCUCCUUUUGGAAAAUGUGAACCAGACCGGCCGUGACAUCCUCUCCCAACAAGGUUACCAGGUGGAAUUCCUGAAGUCUUCCCUCUCAGAAGAUCAGCUCAUUGAGAAGAUCCGGGAUGUACACGUCAUCGGUAUUCGCUCGAAGACAAAGCUCACCGCACGCGUCUUGAAGGAGGCCAAGAACCUCAUCGUCAUUGGUUGCUUCUGUAUCGGUACCAACCAGGUUGACCUGCAAUAUGCCGCUGAUCACGGUAUUGCGGUCUUCAACUCCCCCUUCAGCAACUCCCGCAGUGUCGCCGAGUUGGUCAUUGGUGAGAUUAUUAUGCUUGCCCGCCAAUUGGGCGACCGCUCCAGUGAGAUGCACAAUGGAACUUGGAACAAAGUGAGCAACGGAUGCUGGGAGAUCCGAGGAAAGACACUUGGUAUCAUUGGAUACGGCCACAUUGGUGCUCAGCUGUCGGUAUUGGCCGAGGCCAUGGGCAUGUCAGUUAUCUACUUCGAUGUGCUCAAUAUCAUGUCACUUGGUACUGCUCGCCAGGUGAAGACUUUGGAUGAGCUUCUGAACACCGCCGAUUACAUUACCUGCCAUGUGCCCGAGAUUCCCGAGACCAAGGGAAUGAUUGGACAAAAGCAGUUUGAACAGAUGAAGAAGGGAAGCUACCUGAUCAACGCUAGCCGAGGAACCGUUGUGGAUAUCCCUGCACUCAUCGACGCUAUGCGCAGCGGUAAGGUUGCUGGUGCUGCUCUGGAUGUGUACCCCAACGAGCCCGCCGGAAACGGUGACUACUUCAACAAUGACUUGAACACUUGGGGUGCCGACCUGCGCUCGCUCAAGAACCUCAUCCUGACCCCCCACAUUGGAGGAAGCACUGAUGAGGCUCAGAAGGCCAUUGGUGUUGAGGUUGCCCAGGCUUUGGUCCGAUAUGCCAACGAGGGUUCCACCCUUGGUGCUGUCAACCUACCUGAGGUUGUCCUGCGUUCUUUGACCAUGGAUGAGCCCAACCACGCUCGUGUUAUCUACAUUCACAAGAACAUUCCCGGAGUGUUGAGAAAAGUCAACGAGGUUAUUGGUGACCACAACGUCGACAAGCAGAUGACCGAUAGCAGAGGCGAUGUUGCUUACCUGAUGGCCGAUAUCAGCAACGUCGACACCGAAACCAUCAAGGAUUUGUAUACGAGACUCGAGAACCUUCCUUCUCGCAUCAUGACCCGCAUCCUGUACUAA